AUGGGUGAUUUUAGGGGUCCUCCUCUUCCUCCACCUAUUCUAGAGGAUGAGGGUUGGCGGCUGCAAGUAUAUGAGAAAGAUACUAUGUUGGUAUGUUAUAAUAAAACGAUAACACACGCUACUGGAGUGUGGAAGGCUGAAAAUGCCUUGCUUAAUACUCUUCCUACAUUCUUCACUCAACUUGCUCUCAUCCUUACCUUCACUUACCUUCUCAAGCGUCUCUUUAAACCUUUGCGCAUAUCGUGCUUGGUCGCCAACGUUCUGGGAGGCUUGAUUAUCGGUCCAUCUGGAUUUGCUUUCCAGAAAUUCUCUCUCAAUUACAUUGUUCCUUUUGGAUCGAUAAUGACCCUGGAAACAAUUGCCAACUACGGCUUGAUUUACUUCAUGUUCCUCAAGGGAUUAGAGGUGGAUUUGAAACCGAUACUUCAUGCUCGUAAUAGGGUAUUGAGCAUUGCCAUGGCAAGCAUGGUCAUUCCAGCCCCUAUUGGCUAUGCUCUACAUAAGUUACUACUGAAGGAGGCCAAGAUUGGUGCUCAUAAUAUGUUAAUGAAUGGCUCUCUCUUCUGGGGACUUGCUCUUUCCACCACUAAUUUCUCUGAACUGGCUCAACUACUUGCAAGUGUCAAGCUCCUUCGCUCUGAAAUUGGUCGAACAGCUCUAUCCAUAACUGUUAUCACCGACUUCAUAUCUUGGGUUCUUCUUGUGAUCACAAUGGCUGCUGUGAAUAAUUAUCACCUUCAUACAAUGUUAUCCACCCUUGCAUUCAUAAUAGUCUGCAUAUUUGUUCUUCGUCCAGCUAUUUCAUGGAUUGUACAUCACACCAACAUUGAUGAACACUACGAUGAGCACCAUGUAAGUCUUGCUCUUUUUGGGGCUGUUCUAUUCGGGUACAUUACCGAUUCGUGUGGAUCACACUCCAUUGUAGGAGCUUUCAUGUUGGGUGUGAUUUUGCCCAGGGGAGAGCUCAAAAAUACAAUAACGGAAAAGGUUGAAUACUUUGUCUCCGAGAUUAUGCUGCCACUCUUCUUCCUAGUUAUUGGGAUGAGACUACACCAUACUCUUACGGGUAUUCGGAUAGUACUGUUCUUGGCAAUUAUUGUGUUGGCUUUCUUGGCUAAACUCGUUGUAACUUCCAUCGCUGCUCUAAUCUCUCAAAUGUCACUACGAGAUAGUUUUGCUCUUGGACUACUCAUGAACACCAAAGGCGUGCUUGCACUGAUUAUCCUCAAUGUCGGCCGUGAUCUAAAGGUUCUGGACAACCAAUCAUUCUCAAUAAUGGUGUAUGCCGUUGUGGUAAUGACGGGAAUUAUUGGACCCAUUAUGACUAUCCUUUACGAGUCAUCUGGCACAUCUAAGCAGAUCCAGUGCAAAAGUAUAAGAAGCAUACAACAAUCCAACUCCGAGUUCCGAGUCCUUGCUUGCAUUCAUAAAUCCCAAAACGUACCUGGUAUAGUGAACCUCUUAGAGGCUUCUUAUCCGACCAAGGAAUCUCCGAUGAGUGUGUUUGCAGUCCACUUAGUAGAGCUUACGAGCAGCCAUGCCUCGGCCAUGCUCAUAGUGCACGACACCUGCAAGUCCACCGUGGGAGGAAGCCGGAAAGGCGACGACAUUUUGACCGCCUUCGAAAACUUCCAGAACGAAAAUGAUGGCACCACAGUACAAGCACUCACUGCAAUAUCUUCUUACACCACCAUGCAUGAGGACAUUCGUAGCCUCUCUGGGGAGAAGGACGCAAACCUAAUAAUAGUCCCAUUUCAUAACGAAUCUACAUUGGAUGGGGGAGUAGAGGACGUUAACUCUUCAAUCAGACUAGUCAACAGCAACGUUCUACACAACUCGCCGUGCUCGGUGGCUGUCUUUGUGGACCGCGGCCUCAAGAGCACACUAACCGAGUCGUCGUCCGGCAACAACCGCCGCCACCAUUACGCCAUGCUGUUCACCGGUGGGCCAGAUGACCGAGAGGCAUUAGCAUAUGCAUGGAGGAUGGCUGAAAACCCUAAUGUGAAUUUGACCGUUGUGAGAAUCAUCGCCGGAGAAGAUGCUACGUUUGAUUUCCCCGAUAAAGACGGAAUUCUAAAGGCCAUGCGAGACAGCGAAAUGCAGAAGCUACUAGACGACCAGUACAUAGAGAGUUUGCUGAUCAACACCAGGAACCAACCUUCAAUAAAAUUAACUGAGAAGGUGGUCAACAACGGUGAAGAAACUAUACAACUGAUAAGUUCCAUGGGAAAUGAUUAUGAUCUUUGUAUAGUGGGACGAGGGACAAAAGUUUCCUCACCUCUAACGUUUGGGCUUUCCUCCGACUGGGGCGAUUGCCCGGAAUUGGGACCGAUGGGGGAUACAUUGGUGUCGUCGAGCUUCUUGGUUAAUGCGUCGAUUCUGGUAGUGCAAAAAGGUACUACAUCAGAGAAUAAUGAACCUCUAAGAGACUCUGCACACAGCAAAGGAGCUCAAGGGUCCUUUGUCAAUUACCGUAACGGUAAAGCUGAUGGUGACGAAAGUGAUGAUGAUCGGCUAUGA